ACCCCCACCACCUCGUCACUACCUCCCAGUUAGAGGAAGUUCACUCCACUUCACUAUUCUCUCUGUCAGAUCCUGCAGCAGCACGUUGAACACUGAGCCAGUGUGUCGGAAAUUAAACGCCUCAGGCAACCUUUUGUGUAUCGCUGGAAAGAGGAACCUUUCUGGCAGGGAAAAGACACCAGGCCGUGGCCCCACCAUGCAUGUGAGACAUGACCAACAAGGCAGCCUGGGAUAGCUCGAGCAUCCCCCCGAGCAGCAUGGAGCCUAUGGGCAACUGCGCCCAAUUGGCCUCAGAGUCGGACAUCUACCGCAGUGUCCAGGCCGUGCUCAGGGAACUGGAGAGCCAACACCCCUCCUCUAUGCUCAAUAAAGGGAUGCUAAGAUGGACGCUGCACAAGAAGGUUCGGAACAAUCCUGCCAACAGUCUCAUUCUGGUGAGAGUCAUCGUCAAGGAGCUGGAAAGGGCUGAGAGGGUAGACUGUCGGACACACAUCAUCCCCCUGCUCCACACACUCAUCUAUGCUGUCAUCCAGUCUGCAUAUCUUCCUGACGACCUGUACAAGCGGGUGUAUGACUUCUGUAAGAGGCUACUUACCCUCCCUCAGCCCUACUGUACUGUAGGCCUCAGCUACACCAGACGCAUGAAGACAGAACGCUACACACCAGGAGUGCUGUAUCAGAGGAUGGUGGUUGCAGAGCAGAGCCUGAAGAAUGACUACCAUCCCUUUCAGGAGAGGGUGUUUGUGUUCGCCGAUCCGGCGGUCUUCUCCGGCCCCCACGGUGAGGUGCUGAGGGGGGACAUCGAGGCCUCGGGGUCAGGGGGGUAUCUGAAUCCCCUUGACCACAUGCGGAGUGUGGUCCAACACUCCAUCCAGGCUGCUCUAGGAGAGGAGCUGUGCCACGGUCCUAAACUGGCACAGGCACUGAAGGAAAUUGGCCAGGACGUGGAGCCGUACUUCCAGGAAGUGGUGGCCAGUCUGGAGCAGAGUGUGGAGGAGGGCAGUAAGGGGGAAGGGGUGCUGCUGAGGGGGAGACUGGGACAACUCUACAGAGAGAUCCUCACCCAUACUGACACAUCAGUUUGGGCUCUUCCUGGUUUAGACACAUUGUCCUCCGGUGGUGGGGGAUGCCUGUGUGACCUGCCGCUUCCCAAUCCGGAGAUGAGCUUCCACUUGUGGAGGGAGGAUGAGGAGAUCUGGCGCGAGCUGGCCAAGUGCGUGCGCUCCAGCUCCAUGUCGUCGGAACACUUCUGCCUCACCCAGGACCAGGAGACCGACUUUGACCUCGCCGACCUCCCCGCCGACCUCACUUCCUCCUCCGCCAUGCCCCGCCACUCCGUGAUGUCCACCGACAGCGGCAUCGAGAGGGACCUUCCCCCUGGGGUUGAGCCUUCAGUGGUGGAACCCUCUGGUGGUUCGGAGGAGGGGGAGGCCAGGUUAACCCGACGAGGAGGCAUCAAGAUGAGGCCGUCAGUCACAGAUAAUAUGGCCCUGAUGCAGGACGCUCUGGAGGAGAGCGGGAGUGUGGCCGGGGGAGGCGGAGGAGGGGGGACACUUCAUAGGAAGGCGGGGUGCAGCGGGACCCCCUCAUUCUCCAAGCAGCAGAGGCACUUCACGGCACGGAUCGUGGUGAUGGGGGACGACAGGGUGCUGGGGAAGCUGGCUAAGGCCUUCUACUUUCUCCGGAAAAGGGAAGCGCGUCGUCUCUUUUUGACGAUGAAAGUCAACUUCCAGUUUUACUACAUCCCUGUCUGUGAGGAUCCCAGUCCCACCUGUCCUGUCAAAGAAAGCCCCUCCCCAACCCGGGAAAGCCCCUGUGCCCUGGGUUCCUACUUGGGAAUGGUGGAUCCAUGGUACGACUGCAACAUCAACAGUCUGGGUUCCAUGAUCCCCAAGCUGGCCAAAAUGCAGUCCAACAGCAGCAAGCAGGCAGAGCCUAACCCCUUCCUGUCUGAUGUCAUUUCCUACUACGUGCGGACCGGACUGCAGCCUGUUUACUUCACCAUCUAUUCUGUCAAGAUCUGCUUCUCCAACCUGACCAAGGACCUAGUGGAGGACGUGUUUCUCUCCCACUUAGAGCUGGACUUCCCCGAGUUCAAACAGUCUCCAACUACUUUGAAAGCCACGACCAUCAAGCAGAAGAAGAACACAGGAGACGUAUGUGGUGCUGUCGUCUCUGUCAACUACAAAAAGGUGUCGUUGAGUGGUAGAGACGUAGAUAAGGGUAUGUCAGUGAGGACUUCAGGUGUUCAGAUUAGUGCCAUUCCCUCCAAUGAAACUGAAGAUCUGAACUGUCUUACAGUAGCUUUCAACGAAACUAAAGCCAAGAACUCCAUGGAGGCCAAGAUCCGUACCUGUAACGUCAAGAUCAGAACCCUGGAGAUGAAAACCUUCAUUGUGACCCUGGACAAAGACUCUAGGAGGACCUUCAAAGACGUACAGAGCAUAGAGAUCGCCCCCUGUCUUGAUCCUGGAUACUGUGUCCAGAAGACCAUGCGGUCCAAGUUCAGUUUGGGGGAAGUGGAGAGGGACGCUGGCCUCAGCAAGUACAUGAACAAAGGACUUCCUCUACCAAUCAAUACCUUCGCUGGUAUCAUCAACUGACUGAUCCCACAACCAUCUGGAUGGACUCUACUGUACAGAGAGUGAAACAUUGAGACCAUCCACAUUGUAUGAAGAUCAGGGAUGCACUCAGUACUCACAACGGGGCCUCAGUGUGCCUUGAGGGGAUGUGGAAAGAGAACCUGGGUGGCAGCUAAGGGUAACCCACGGUUAUUUACCUGGUGUAGCCUUGACAAGAAAACUAGUUGAGUUUGACAAAUGUUAGAUUUGUCAACAAACAAAUUCAUUUGCCAUGGGUAUUGGAUCUCGUUCCAGUUUCUGCUUGUGACAGUUAUCAUAUACUGUGCCCAUGGGCAUGUCUCUGACUGACAGCAUAGUCAAAGAACAAUAUUGCCUCUAAAAUUGACAAUUUUAUGAGAGUGAAGCUGAGGUGGUAUUAGCUCCUAGGUAGGCUUUAGCUCAGAGGACUAACAUAAACUUGACAACCUGGGUUCAAAAUCUGGUCCGUCAGAAGAGUAGCCCACCCUCCCAAUCAUCUAACCUAAGGGAAGACUUAUCCAUCCCUUGAUGUCAGGGUUGGGGCAAAUUCCAUUUCAAUUCAGUAAAGUUAUGGAGUAUCCUGAAAUUCCCAUAGGAAUUGACUAAAUUUAAAUGGAAUUGACCCCAACCCUGCAUGCCAUGUAAACACACUACCUGCUGCUCUUUGAAUUCCGACACUGAAUAACCCUGGUAGGGUCAUUUUCAUUACUAAACUUGGCAGAAGAACAACUUAAAGAUAGUUUGAUGUCUUGGUGAGCUAACAACAGAAGCUCUUGAAGCAGUCACUUGUUGGAUUAACCAGUUCUUUAAAAAAAACAGGUUCCAUUUAAAGGUGCAUAUAGCUCUCUGAGCUCGUCUAAGUUCUUGUGAGUUAGCAAUAAAGGUUUGAAUGCACUGUGCACAAGCCUUCAGUAAAAACAUGACACAAAAGAACAGGCACCUAUUUUAAGAUCUCUAAAGAACAUGUUGCAUGACAGGAAACUGACUGGGGGGGGUUUAACUAUCUGGUGGCUUUCUGCUUAUGACUUUGUUCUGUAUGCUAUACUAACAAGAGGUGCAAUAUCCAGUGUGGUUGACUAUUACCAUGCUAGGAGGUCUAUGCUAAAAUGAAAGUUAAACUCUGAGCCCUUCGCUUGUUUCAAAUGAAUUUAUCACAACUAACUUGAAGGUGAUGGAACACAGUCACCGCUGUAAGAUAUUGGCUGGUUUACAAUAAAUCAUGAGGUGAUGGGGACCAGUUAUCAUAUAUGCACCCAUAAAAAGUAUGUAGAUGACAAAAAUACAGACAUACAGACAGAGAGAGAAAGACACUGACUGACUGAAUGACCGAGAGGCCACAUCUAUAAAAGCCACUGUCAUAAUACUAUAAUACUUAAAGAGUUCUGAUCGCCAGCUAGUAUGUUUGUAACGCAUCAUCAAUCAUCAAUAGACCUUUUUGCACAGUUGUCAAUUUUUUUUAUGUUCUGUAUGUAAGACUAAUCAAUGGAGUAUGGUGUCAUUGCAAUUACUUGUUUAAUAGUAGUGUAAAUACAUGUAUUUUAUAUAAUUACUGUAUAUUUUAUAUAAAAAAAUGUGAUUUUUGACUUUUUCUGAAAUGAAAUAUAAAUGAGCUGAUUAUUUUAUUCUUAAAGGGAUAGUUCACCCAAAUUACAAAAUGACAUUGGUUUCCUUACCCUGUAAGCAAGAAGUCUAUGGACAAGGUAUGACAGAAAUACAUGGACAAGGUAUGACAUAAAUACAUGUUUGGUUUAGUUUCCCUGGCACUGUUCCACUGCUAACAUUUUAGCAUUUAUGGCACAAGUAUGUGUGUAUAUAUAUAUAUAUAUAUAUUCUGAUAUUAGCAUUUUUCCCCAUCAUGUUCAAAUCCUCUAGAAGGGACUUUGUUGAGCUUCACAAUACAUUUGAGAUACUUUUAGAUGAUUUGGACUGGAUGCGUGAAAAAUCCUAGUAACGGUACCAUGACUUGAAUGGGAUUUGUGCCACAAAUGUUAAAACGGUGCCAGGGGAAUAAAACUAAAGCAUGGAUUGCUGUCCUACCUUGUCCGUAGACUGCUUAUGCUGCGUUCAAGACAACUCAUAAACUCCAAACCUCAGAGUUAAAAUGUGUGUACGUUUUUUGUGUAGAGCUUCCUAUUGGUUGAUUCUAAUACUUUCCAAGUGGGAAACUCUGACCUCAUCUUUCUACAACGAGUUUCCAAGUUGGACAUUUCAGAGUUUCCUAGUUCUGAGUUUUCUUGAACGCAGCGUUACAGUGUAAGGAAACCAAUUUGUAAUUUUGUAAUUUGGGUGAACUAUUCCUUUAAGUACAUUGCUGUUGAAUAAGAGGGAUACUGUGGGGGGGAAUGUAUGUAGUACCACCGGUAAACGUUAGGUGGCGCCAUGGUCUAAUAUAAAAGUAUAUCUUCGAGUUUACAGUACAAUAGGUAUUGAAAACAUCAUCAGCCUUGGUUUGAACACCGCAAGCUCAAACAACGGCAAGAGCGUGACAACAUCAGCACGUUGUAGAAGCGUUUUUACCCAAUUCUCUGCCAUGCAGCUUGGUACUUAAUGAAAGACUGUGCGCAUAGACUGCUCCAGUUGUCUUUUCUUGUCAGUUUUCCUUCGGUUUCCAAGACCACCAUUGUAUUUGUUUGACAGCGCAUCCUUGACCAGUUUGGAAUCGAACCCACUGUUGAAAGAUGGAAAAAGAAAAUAAACAUGGAUCAUCACAUCA